AUGGCAACAUGGGUCGCAACUGGGUUCCUUUUGUGGGCUCAAGAGAACUUGGUGGAAGUCUGCUUGCCCUGUACAAGUAUAAUGCCAACGCUACCAAUUUCUGGAUGACUGUGCCAUACAAUUCAGUUGAUGCCACAUAUGAAGUGAUCAGUUCUUCAGGCAUCAGAAGCAGACUUGACUUGACCUUGAAGGAUAUUGGGACCAUGGUUGUGGUGGCUGACUUCUCACUGUCCUGCAGUUUCCCUACAAAGAUGAUUGAUUGCUUCACCAAUGGAACUAUGGCAGCUCUUGCUGUGAAAGUGGAAUCUGUCCCCAGCUUGUCUCCAAGUCAACUAACUCUAAGGGAUCCUAGUUGCCGGCCUCUUCAGUCUGAUGCUAUCAAUGCAGUUUUCUACUUCAAUGUCAACUCCUGUGGCACCACUAGAAGGUUUGACAACAGCCUCCUGACUUAUGAGAAUGAAGUGCUGUUCACAUCUUACCGGUUGAGAGUUGCCUGUCACUAUCUGGUCAAUGACACCAAGGUAGUACAGUUCUUGUACCAGAAUAAUCCUGCACCUGUAGUCCAGCCUGGCUUGGGGGACCUUGCAGUCAUCAUGCAGCUUGCAUUGGAUUCAACCUACAAUGACUUCUAUGGAGCUCGGGAUUACCCUGUUGUGAAGUACUUGCGAAGACCCUUGUAUUUUGAGGUAGAGCUCCUGUACAGCAGGGAUCCACAGGCUGAAUUGUUUUUGGAGAACUGCUGGGCAACCUAUUCUGUUGACAGGAAUAGCUCUCCAAAGUGGGAUGUUGUUGUGGACAGUUGUGAGAACUCUGCAGAUGAGUACUUGACCAUCUUUCACCCAGUCUCCAGCAAUGCAAGAGUGCUGUUCCCUUCCCAUCUGAAGAGGUUUGAAGUGAAAAUGUUUUCCUUCACAAACGGCCAGGAUGCACUGAAAGGACAGAUUUACUUCCACUGCGGUGUUGUGAUAUGUGAUUCAACCCGGCCAUCAGACAGCCUCUGUAGCAGACGGUGCAUUCCAGGGAAACAGAGGCUUGGUCGCAGUGCUGAAGGGAUGGAUGGUGGUGCAGUAAAGGUGUUUGUGUCUUCUGGCCCAAUUGAGCUGAAGAGAGAUGGAUCCCUUCACUUUAUGCCUAGAAGUGGCCAAUUCAAUGUGUGGUCCCUUCUGGGAGCUUCAAUGGGUGUGUGUUCAGUGGUUAUCUUCAUAGCUGGAGUUGUAUCUUUCUGGAAACUGCCAAAAAGUGUGUAUUGAUAAAUAAAAAUCUUGCUUGUAAAAGCUUA